AUGAACGAAUGGUGGGAGAAGCUGAAAGAAUGUUACACCAAGUGGGUUAUCUUUGCCAAUCUUAACAUGAAUUCGGAUUUCCAGAAAGAAGCCUGGAAGUAUUUUCUUGUUAACUGGCAUGAAAGAGGAAUGGUUGAAAGAAUGCAGACUGCUCAAAGAGAAGCGAAACUUUUGAUUCCUAAUCCCUUGAAGAUGACGGUUUACUCUCCGACAAUUAGAAAUGGCGUCAAUAGAGAAUCUAUUAAGAGAGAAGUCAGAGCCAUUUGCAAGAUCUGGAACGUGCCCUCAAACUCCAGCUCAGAUGAUCUUGACAAGAUCAGGAAGACUGGUUGUUUGGGUGCUCUUGAUGGCACUUAUAUUAAUUUAAUGGUGAGCAAUAUUGACAAGCCGAGGUACCAAACCCGGAAAGCUCAGAUAUCAACAAAUACCCUCGCCGUUUGUGAUCGUAAUAAGAAGUUUGUGUACGUGUUACCUGGUUGGGAAGGCUCAACCACUGAUUCAAGGAUAUUGCGCGAUGCCCUUCAACGUGCAAAUGGAUUGAGGGUGCCCAAAGUGUCCAAUGCAUGCAAUUAUUACCUAUGCAACAAUGGGUAUGCGAAUAGCAAGGGAUUUCUUGCUCCGUAUAAGAGAAUACGAUACCACUUGAAGAAAUGGAGACCGAAUGCAACAAGACCACAAAAUGCAAUGGAAUUGUUCAACUUGCGCCAUUCCAAAGCAUGCAAUGUUAUUGAACGUGCGUUUAGAAUCAUGAAAAUGCGCUGGGGCAUUUUGAGGAGUAGUACUUUCUAUCCUUUUAAGACUCAAAUUCGCUUAAUAAUGUCGUGCUUUAUUUUGAAUAACUUCAUCCGUUUUGAGAUGUCUGACGAUCCUAUAGAGCAGGAAUUUGAUAAUGCAACUGCAAACGACCAAGCAGAGUUGAAGCCUGAUGGUGAUUUCAUAAACAGCAUUGAGUCUUCUCCCCAGUGGAAUGCGGAGAGAGAUGCACUUGCUCAAGCGAUGUGGCUGAACUAUAUGAACAAUAUUUGA